AUGUCCGUACGACCUGGUGCAAGUAAGCCAUCUACUAAACUCUCUGCCUCUGCUCUGAGUUAUUUGUCAUCGUUGGAAACAAAUUCGAAAGCUUUGCAAAAUAGCUUGAAGAAUGAGAAAACAGGCAAAGUUGUUCCAUCGUCCAAUCCGAAACGAGGAAAACUAGAUAAGUUGCGUACAAUCUCGAAGAGCACCACAAUAUAUGAAAGCACUAGCUUAGAUUCUGACGAUCAAUUGAGCGACGAUUCAUUUCUCAAAAACUCAAUGGGCGGAGAAAAGAUAAUUUUGGAUUUAGGACUUGAUAGCUCGGAAGUUACUGCAAGUAUUCUUCCAAAAGGGAAACCAGGAAAUCAAGUUGGAAGGAAAUCUUUGGUGGAAAUAAGAGAAUUACGAAACUCAAUUGAUCAAUCAUUGAAACCUGCGUUAAGCUUAUUGGCCAAAAAGAACGAGCCAAAAGCUUCCACCAGCAUGAGCAAAGCCCUAGAAACUGGAACAGAAAAGAUAUCUCCUCAAAAAGAAAAAAAAAAUAUGAAAAAAUCACCGUUUAACAAAAAGCAACUCAGCGACAGCUCAAGUGAUCUAGAAUCACUCGUUUUUCAAGUUGCCUCAGAUAUUCCUGAACAGCUAAAUCUCAACGAACGUCGCGUCUCAUUCAAAGCUGAGGAACUUUCAUCAGCGUCGUCUAUUACUUCCCGGUCUAUAAGUUCCACUUCGAAUUCCGCUUCUGAAGUGCCAGAUUUCACAGCUCGAUCUGUUGCUUCUACGUCCAGUACAUCUAGUACGCUGAGAUCAGCCUCAUCCUCCUCUACAUCAACUACAACCAAUUCAACGUCGUCCUCAACUACUUCCUCAUCAACUUCUUCUUCAUCUACCAUCAAAAAAUCUCCCCCGAAGAGAAAAGGAAGGAGUGCAAAGAUAACUUCAACCUCAUCUUCAACCUCAUCCUCUUCGUCUACCCCUUCGAAAGCGUCAUCUUCACUUCUUCUUCCUACCAGAUCGCUAUUGGCCAUUCAUGUUCCAGAAGAAAAAGAAAUAAGAACACGUCCAGAAUCAGAAUUAAGCAGCUUACACAGCGAACAAGAAAUAUCAGAUGACGAAGUUAAGAGGGAAGAAAAUGCGAAAGAGCAGCAAGAAGAAAUUAGAAAAACAACAAUCAAGGAAGCUGACAUUGAAUUAACUUUUGGAGAAAGAACUCAAGAAUCAAACCAACUUUCAACAACUGAACAGAGAAUGCAAAAUAUCAAUAUGUAUUCAGUGUCGGUGAACAGAGAACAGUCAACACAAACAUCUUCAAGAGUAGACGCAAUUAAACAUCUGCCUUCUUUCAAUUAUGUUGAAGUGCCAAGCGAUAGUAGUGCAGUAAAUCUUGAUUAUUUUGUAAAACAAAUCAUCUCGCAGCAUAUUCAACUGAUUCGGAAAAGCAACGAAGAUGAAUGGAGAAGCAUUUGUGAAUGGACACGGAUUGUGAACGAGGAAAUCAGAUCGUUCCAGCCCCGUACUAAACAGCGGUUAAUGGAAACUAUAGAAAAACGAUAUAAAACUCAAUAA